GUUUGCUGCGGCGCAGUUGACGGCACCGGUCGGAAAGAAGGCGAUCAGCUAGGACCUACUUCCAUUUUUCCAGACACUUGGCAUUUGAGCAGAGGGGUCCAAGCCGGGAAGAAAGUAGGAUGGGGGCUGGAGCGAGCGCCGAGGACAAACACUCCAAAGAGCUGGAGAAGAGGCUGAAAGUGGAUGCCGACUUAGAUGCGAGAACCGUCAAGCUGCUGCUGCUAGGUGCUGGAGAAUCAGGCAAAAGCACUAUCGUCAAACAAAUGAAAAUUAUCCACCAAGAUGGUUACUCACUUGAAGAAUGCAUGGAGUUCAUUGUCAUCAUCUACAGCAACACCCUGCAGUCCAUGAUGGCCAUUGUGAAGGCCAUGACCACAUUCAACAUGUCCUAUGGCCACAACGAUCAGCAGGACGAUGCCAGGAAACUCAUGCAUCUUGCAGACACCAUUGAGGAAGGCAGCAUGCCUAAAGAGUUGGGGGACAUCAUUAUGCGCCUGUGGAAGGACUCUGGCAUCCAGUUGUGUUUUGAUAGGGCCUCAGAGUACCAACUCAACGACUCCGCCGCUUACUACCUGAAUGAUUUGGAGCGACUGGUCCAACCAGGCUAUGUGCCGACUGAGCAGGACGUGCUGCGGUCAAGAGUGAAGACCACUGGUAUCAUCGAGACCACGUUUUCGUUGAAAGAUCUCAAUUUCAGAAUGUUUGAUGUGGGUGGCCAGAGGUCAGAGAGGAAGAAAUGGAUCCAUUGUUUUGAAGGUGUGACCUGUAUCAUCUUCAUCGGUGCUUUGAGUGCCUACGACAUGGUGCUGGUGGAGGACGAUGAAGUGAAUCGAAUGCACGAGAGUCUGCACUUGUUCAACAGUAUCUGCAACCACCGCUACUUCAUCGCCACCUCCAUUGUACUCUUCCUCAACAAGAAAGAUGUGUUUCUUGAGAAGAUCAAGAAGGCUCAUCUCAGCAUGUGCUUCCCUGAAUACGACGGCCCCAAUACUUAUGAGGAUGCCAGUCUUUACAUCAAAAUGCAGUUCUUGGACCUGAACCUGCGUAAAGACAUCAAAGAAAUCUACUCUCACAUGACCUGUGCCACAGACACAGAGAACGUCAAGUUUGUGUUUGACGCCGUAACCGACAUCAUCAUCAAAGAAAACCUGAAAGAUUGUGGUCUCUUCUAAGAGCCACGCCGAGAAGCCCAACGAAGGGUGAAGUUUAAGCCCUGUCACAUUCCACGAACCCCCUCUCAAUUCAAACCGAGGACCUCCAACCACCAUCCUCAAACCAGCGAACACAAAAAAUAAAAAACUAUUUAUUGUGUUCAAAACUAAGUCGUAGCUUUGACCAAAGACUUUGGCUCAACUGAGACCGGACGGCAGCUCUUCAGUCUAGAAAAUCCUGUGCAGAUUUCAGAUGAGUUGAAUUUUAUUCGAGCUAACUUUUCCCUCGACUCUUUUGAACUCAUCUUUUGGAGGGCUAUGCAAUCUGUAGUUAAGACAUCAAAAGCUUCCGUCAACAUAAAGUGAUUUUGUCUCACGUACUGAUGUAAAUAGAUGUCAGGCGAAUGCAUCGUUGCGUAAGUAACUGGUCGGUAUACAGCCAAAAAGAAAACGAGAGCCUCAACACCUGCAGACGCACUUGAACCUGUUGGAGAUGUUAAAGAACGUGUCACUAGAAACGGCUUUUAUGUAAAGAAACUCUGCAGCACAAUUUGAGACACAAUUCAAACAGUUAAGAAACGGAACUUGUAAGAUUUAGAAAAUGUAACUUUAUUUUGCAGUAGUUGAAAAGGGCCAGUGUAAAUAAUGUAACUGUUUUCUAUUGGACAGUUCAGGGAGUAUGGGGAUACCACGUGGAUCUGGAGAGAGAGAUGAACUUUACCUUCAAAUGCUCGUCUAAAUGUUAUUUGAAUCUGCAUUGGAGCCAACUCUCCUGUACAGAAACGCACAUUUGUAAACCUCGACUAAACCUAGUAAAGCUUCUGUAGAAAACUGUAGAGUACUUUCCCAUUUUUCACCAAUAAAAAACAACACAGCAAUA